AUGCUACAAAUCUCUUAUUCUCGCCCAUGGUCAUUCUCUCUUUCUGAUAAAGACCUCAUUGAGACCACACAAUACGAGCCAUCAAGGCUCACUUCUACAUCAUUCAAAAUAAAUAUUCCGAAGAAAAUAUCCUUUCCAGAUCCGCCACGUCCCCCAACUCCAGGGCCACCUCCACGGCCACCCCCAAUCCCUCCCCGUCCGCCGGUACCGACACCGCCACCCAGUCCAAACUCUUCAACGGAAAUGGAGUGGCUCGAGGAGCUUGUGACUAAGCAGUUAUCUAUUAUUGCUGUGCGACUUCUCGAUGUCUGGUUCACCCCAGGCGGGCCCGUCUCACUUCCUCAGCCCCCGCGCCCACCUACACCAGGUCCCAGACCAGGACCAAUAGGCCCUCGACCAGACGUACCUACGCCCCCGCCAAGUCCACGACGGAGACUAGCGAGUGGCAAGAAUCUCGAGUCGAAUUACAGUAAUGUCGACAUCAAAGUUAGUGACCUUGGCACGACUCUGUUGGGGCAGGUGCUCUACGAACACUUGGCCUUUCAGCCUUAUAUGUUUACUUCGCUUCUCAAGAUGACGCAGUCGCCAUAUGAUUCGCGCGAAGAAGCCAACAUGGACAACGAGGGAGAGCUAUACGAUAAUAAGCUUACCGAUUGUCCGGAUGAUCCAAGUGAAACGAGAUUAUUGCGUGCUGCCAUCUUUAAUCUAGCCCCCAAGCAAGUAUCAGAUCCCCACAUGUCUUACCUCGAUUCCUACACAGCGAACGAGUCAUAUUCUUCAAACCAGACCCUCUAUAUCGGUACUGGAACUCUUAGGAACGACUCAGGCCAUUUCCAGGCUCCAUCAUUAGGGCAACUAGCAAAGACGCGUCCUGAUUCGUUCGAUAUUUUUCAGGGGUUGUCCAAUAUGGCUAUCACAUCUGCCAUCACAGAUGUACCUGCUAGGACCGAUCGUCAAGGUCUGUCAUCUCAGACACCCCCUACACCGAAAACAGCUCCCGUUCUUGCAGUGCUCGGCCGACAACACGCAUAUCCGUCUCACGGCAGCUCGGCCCCAGCAGGUAUCGCCACGCCGUUCGAUGGUGUCGGCCUGAUCGAUCGGCCCGCCUCUUCUCGUGAGCUCGGUUGGGCCGUGUGUUUUUAGGAAUUAUGCUCAAUUCGCACUCGGGAAGUAAGCGGCUCUCAAAGUACAUCAGAAGCUAGCUCGCUGCCGCUUACUGAGUGAGUUCCAGCAAAUUAUACGGCCGAAUGGCUUCUGAUCCAUGCGAUUGGCGUGCGUUAGUACGAC